AUGUCCAACCCAGUCCCGUUUGUCGAGGAACCAGUGCGCAAAGUCCGCGUCGAUGUCGAGUCGAUCCUGGCCGUUGAAGAGCCCCCGAAAAGUACUUGGAAAGGCAAAAUAUGGGACACUUUUGAUAGGCCGCCUCUGGAGCGAAAGUUGUUGUUCAAGGUCGAUGCUAUCAUCCUCACCUUCGCCUCAAUUGGCUACUUUCUCAAAAACCUCGACCAAACCAAUGUCUCCAACGCCUUCUUGACGGGGAUGAAAGAAGACCUCGGCAUGUACGGCAACCAGCUCGUUACCUCAACAUCAAUCUGGACCGUCGGGUAUGUCAUCGGCCAGCUGCCUUCCAACCUGCUGUUGACGAGAGUCGAGCCGAGAUGGGUUCUUCCUGCACUCGAACUGGGUUGGGGUAUCGCCACGCUCGGGUCUUAUGCUGUCAAGUCUUACAAGUCUCUCUACGCCCUUCGAUUCCUCGUCGGCGUUUUCGAAUCUGGUUUCUACCCCGGCAUGCACUAUCUCCUCGGCUCUUGGUACACCCCUGCCGAAAUUGGUAAACGCGCCAUGAUAUUUUGGCUCGCCGGUUCCCUCGGGCAAAUGUUUUCCGGUCUUUUGCAAGCUGCUGCCAGUAGGAACCUGGAUGGGGUGCAUGGGAUUGAGGGUUGGCGAUGGCUGUUCAUCAUCGACGCAAUUAUCACCCUUCCUCUCGCCAUCGCCGGCUUCAUCUUCUUCCCUCCUCAGCCUCUACAGGGUAAGAAGACAUGGUGGUUAUCCGACGAGGAAUUCGCGUUAGCGCAGAGGAGGUUGACCAAAAUUGGGCGGGCGGGCAAGAGCCCUUGGUCCUUGGAGAAAGUCAAGAGACUUCUUCUUUCUUGGCACACUUACUUUUUGCCCGUCCUCUACAUCAUCUGGAACAACCAAUGGCCCCAGGCCCCCGUCGGGUACUAUCUCAAAUCCUUCAACUCUGCUCCAUACCCCGGCGGCGAUAAGAGGUAUAGCACGAGCGAUAUCAACCAGCUGCCCUUGCCACAGACGGCCAUAUUUGUGGUGGUGGCUGCUAGUUGGGCGUGGGUCAGUGAUGGCUUUUUGAGAGGGAAUCGGUGGAUAUUCGUUUACAUCGGUGCUAUCAUAUCUAUCAUAAUCGGCGUGAUCGGUAUCAAAAUCGACCUCUACGCCAACGUCACCGGUACACUCUUCUUCUACUGGUUCUCCAACAUCGGCCAAGGCGCCGGUCCUUUGAUCCUUACAUUCAUCAACGAAAUCUGUUCCGACGACACAGAGAAGCGUGCUUUGCUCGUAGGGGCAGCGAACGACUUUGCCUAUGUCGUACAAGCUAUCGUUCCGAAUUUCGUUUGGAAGACGGUCGAUUUCCCGCAAGCGAGAAAGGGGUGGACGUAUUCGGUCAGUUUGAAUGUCGCCUUGAUCUUUUGGAUCACGGCCAUCCUGGUUCUCCUUCGGCGCGACCGACGAAGAGCCGAGAGCGCCGAGAACCCUCCUGCUCUCGAAGGCAAAGACCACCUCGAAGGCUUCGGCGCGUUGAGCGAGUCGGGAAGCAGUGACAGAGAUGGGGUACCUAGGUUGAACGGGAAGGAAGAAGAAGAGGGCGCAACGACGCCUGGGUCGUUGACGGGCAGUCUGGAUCAGAAGUAUUGA